AUGGAACCUGCAAUGGAAAAGUUGGAUAUUCAUUCAACUCCUGAAGCUAUUGAGGAUUAUUUGGAAAGGUUCGAAAUUUGGAGCAUGACCAAGAAAGAUGUUAAAGGUGAGAAAAUUGUGGCAUAUUUUCUGACAUUCAUUGGGAGAGAAGUGUACAGCUUAUUAAAAACUUUGGCAUAUCCAGAAAAACCUAUCUCACUGCCUUAUGCAACUCUUAAAGAGCUAUUGUUAAGUCAUGUAAAAUGCACCAGUUUUGAAUGCCGUGAAAGGGCGAAGUUUCAUAAGAUGGUUCGUCAAAAUGACCAAAAGGUUCGGGAAUUCAUCCUUGAAUUACAGAAACAAGCUGCCAAGUGUAAUUUCGGUGAUCAACUUCAUGUGCAAUUGAGAGAUCGAUUAAUUGCAGGAAUUAACAUACCGAGUUUGGAAAGAGAGCUGUUAAGAAUGCCAAACUGUUCCUUUCAAGAUGCUAGAACUGCAUGUAUUAACUACGAAGCAGUCAAUGAACUUGAUAUCCAGUCGAUGAAUAUUUCUAAUACUUUGCUUAGUCGUCGUGAUGAACUACAAUCUCAGGGUCAAUCAAACUUGCGUUCAUUUAACAGUGAUUCCUAUUCUCGUGUAAAUAUGAAAGGUGUUUCAACGAGGAAUUACAAAGCAAAUCACAAAGGUGAGAUGAAGUUUGGUAAAUGUUUAUCAUGUGGAAAGUUUCAUGCUCGCAAUUCAUGUGUAUUUCGUAAUGCUAAAUGUUUUAAAUGUGGUAAGGUAGGACACAUUCAGUCAGUAUGCAAAGCUACUGUCCAUUUUGCUUCGAGCUGUACUAAAUCUUGUAAUUUAAAUUUCAAUAAUUCGGAUGUUUCUAGUGAUCAUUUGUCUUUGUCCACUAUUUCGAAAGGUAAUGCUCAUAUUCAGAAGCGAUUAUAUACAUCGCUUGGUUCAUUUCAUGACUUUAUUCUGGACACAGGCAGUAUAGAGUCCAUUAUUUCAUUCAAGAACUUGAAAGCUUUAGAUCCUAACGUUGUUGUACGACCCACUGAAGUAUCAAUACUGGGGAUUACUGGACACAGACUGCCCAUACGAGGAUGUUGUGAAUUGCUAAUCAGAGAUGAUAAUUCUUCAUACAUACCUUGUGAAUUUUUAGUUAGCGAAACAGGACUGUCAAUAUUGGGUUUAAAGAAUUUGAAAAGGCUUAAGGUGGAGUUGUCCUUCUUAGUUUCUAAAGAAAAUUCUGAUACUUUACUUAAAGAUUUGAUAGCUAUGUGUGCUAAAUGCAGUGGAGGUAUGAAAAUUAAGCCUAUAAAACUUCAAGUACAGGGUGAUCCCGUCUUUCUUAAAAGACGAAUAAUUCCUUAUGGUCUUCGAGAAGCAGUACAUAAGACAUUAAACGAUUUGUGUGUGAAAGGCAUAAUUGAACCAAUCCAGUCUUCAGCAUGGGGUACUCCUAUCGUUACGCCACUGAAGUCGGACGGCAAGACCCCUAGAAUUUGCGGUGACUAUAGAUUAACUCUGAACUCCCGUUUGUUGAAGCAAACGUGCACGACGGUAGAAGCUGAAGAUAUUCUAAAUCGACUUCAUGGUUCUAAAGUGUUCUCGAAAGUUGACCUAAAAGAUGCUUAUCUUCAAAUUCCUUUAGAUGAAUCUUCAUCUAUUUUGACGACAAUUAACACUCCUUUUGGUCUGUUCAAAUACAAUUUCCUUCCAUUUGGUCUAAGUUGUUCUCCAGCCAUAUUUCAGAAGUUAUGA